AGCCCAGCCCUCCCCUCCCCGGAGAUUGCGGAAGUGUCAAGUUCGUAUUAACACAACUCCCUGUUGUCAACAGCAUAGUAGAAGAAGCAACUGGCUUUUGUGUUAAACUGAGAAGAGUAUGAUCAAAAUCUGUUGUCUUCUUAAAACAAGGCUCUGAGAUAGAAACUUCUUCCUUGCGUCAUCAAACAAACACCACUUUUGACUUCUCACCUUGGACUUUUGAGUCCAAGGAUCUGCUCUCUGCUUGCCAGAGCAUACCAUGGCCAAGAAAGUUGCAGUGAUUGGAGCCGGUGUGAGUGGCCUGUCAUCUAUCAAGUGCUGCUUGGAUGAGGGCCUGGAACCCACCUGCUUUGAGAGAAGUAAUGACUUCGGGGGACUGUGGAAGUUUGCUGAAAAUUCCAAGGAUGGGAUGACCAGGGUCUACAAGUCACUAGUGACAAAUGUCUGCAAGGAAAUGUCAUGUUACAGUGACUUCCCAUACCGAGAAGAUUACCCCAAUUUCAUGGACCAUGAGAAAUUCUGGAACUAUCUUAGAGAAUUUGCUGAGCACUUUGGCCUCCUGAAAUAUAUUCAGUUUAAGACUACUGUGUGCAGUGUAACAAAACGCCCAGACUUCUCUGAAACUGGCCAGUGGGAUGUUGUCACAGAGACAGAGGGCAAACAGGCCAGAGCUGUAUUUGAUGCUGUCAUGGUUUGUACCGGGCAAUUCCUGAGCCCCCAUUUACCUCUGGAGUCCUUCCCUGGAAUCCAUAAGUUUAAAGGGCAGAUCCUACACAGCCAGGAGUACAGGAUUCCGGAUUCCUUUCAGGGCAAGCGCAUCCUGGUGGUUGGUCUUGGGAACACUGGAGGAGACAUCGCAGUGGAGCUCAGUAGAACAGCAGCUCAGGUGUUUCUCAGCACUAGAACUGGUGCCUGGGUUAUAAGGCGCUCUUCAUGGGGUGGCUACCCUUUCAAUAUGAUGCUAACAAGAAGAUGGUAUAAUGUGAUUGCACAAGUUCUGCCUUCGUGUUUUAUAAACUUUGAUAAACAGCUGCAACUUAAUUAUGAGAAUUAUGGAUUAAGAAUUGCAAAAGGGAAAAAACCAAACCUUAUCGUGAAUGAUGAGCUACCAACCUGCAUCCUCUGCGGGAAAGUCACUAUGAAAACCAGCAUAAAGGAUUUUACAGAAUCCUCUAUCAUCUUUGAAGAUGGGACAAUAGAAGCCAACAUUGAUGUAGUGAUCUUCACUACAGGAUAUGAAUUUUCUUUUCCUUUCUUUGAAGAACCUCUCAAAAGCCUUUGUACAAAAAAGAUCAUGCUAUACAAGCGUGUCUUUCCCCCAAAUUUGGAGAGACCAACAUUAGCCAUCAUUGGCCUGAUCAGCCUCACAGGAUCUAUCUUAGCAGGCACAGAGCUCCAAGCACGAUGGGCUACAAGAGUAUUCAAAGGACUCUGUAACAUACCUCCAUCCCAGAAACUGAUGGCCGAAGGCACUAAAAAGGAACAGCUCAUUAAAAGGGGUGUGAUUAAAGAUACCAGUAAAGACAAACUCAACUUCAUUUCCUACUUGGAUGAGAUUGCUCAGUGCAUAGGCUCAAAACCCAAUAUCCCACUUCUGUUCAUCAAGGAUCCAAGACUAGCUUGGGAAGUUUUUUUUGGACCAUGUUCCCCUUACCAAUACCGCCUAAUGGGCCCUGGAAAAUGGGAUGGAGCCAGAAAUGCCAUCCUGACCCAGUGGGACAGGACCAUAAAACCAAUGAAAACCCGAAUUGUUCCUAAGUCCCCUGCGCCGACCUCCCUGUUACGUUACUUAAAAGUUUGGGGAGCACCUCUUCUACUUGCCUCUCUUAUACUUACCUAUAAAUCAUCACUUAUUCUUAAACUGGUGCAAGAAAAACUGCAAGGAAGGGUUUUCCCUAACCGUGUGCUAUGGUUCAUCCCCCAGAGUCCAUGAGUUGAUCUCCAGUGUGACAAUGGAGGAAGUACCCAGGGCACCCUCGGUGCUGCUCUCAAAUACUGCAUCAGUCUCCAUAGGGUGGGUUGUCAUAAAGCAAGGCUCCCUCUUGUUUCAUCCCUUUUUUUGUACAUGUAUUUGCCCUUCAACCUUUCUACCAUGUAAGGACACAGUACUCAUCUCUCACCAGAAGCUGCCACUUUGUCCUUGAACCCUCCAGCCCCCAGAGCCAUGAACAAAAUAAACUCCUUUUACUUUAUUCGGUUCAUGUAUUCUGCUGUGAUGAUGGGAAGUGGUCUGAGAUGCCUAGCUACUGGUUGCUGAGGUUUAAUAUGAUUCAUUGUGAAGGCUGCAUCAAGUCAUGAUAGUUCCACUUCAAGUGAUUUGUAUAUGCCUGCUCUUUCUCAUCAUAGAUUCCAAGUUCAGAUCCAGCCAUCUCUUGCCAAAAUUCCAGGAUUUUCUACUUUGGUCUCAGUACCUUCAUUCUCAUGUUGCUUUCUAAUGCAGAGUCUACCCCUCUACCUAAAGUUGUUCUAAACAAACGUAUGAUUACUAUUUCUAACAAGGUCCUGGUAGAAACAACUUGGAACUCAAAUUGGCUUUUCUGUGAGUUAUUUAUUUGUGUGUGUGUGUGUGUGUGUGUGUGUGUGUGUGUGUGUGUGUGUGUGCGCGCGCGCAUGCGCGCGCGCGCCAUGGCACAUGUGUUGAGGUCAGUGGACAGUUUUGCCACAGCGGUUUAUCUCCUACUUUUAUAUGGGUUCAAGAGACGGCAUGCAGUAGGCCAGGCUUUCAAGGUAAGUGCCUUUACCUACUGAGCCAUCUCAGCAGCCUGUGAAGUUUUAAUAUAGAGAUCAUGUUAAAAGAUGUGGGCAGUGGAGGGAAAUUAUAAUAAGAUACCUACAACACCCGCCCCCAAGACUAGUAACAAUGACUUUACUAUCCUGGAACCUACAGAAGCAAAGGAAGAAAGCAAUCAUUAAAAUGAAAAAUAUCUACACAGAAAGAGCCACCUAACACCUGCAGUACCCUUCAGCCAGGCGAUAAAGACAAAACAUGAUGACCCCCAAAAGUCAAAACCUGAGGGGAAAAAAGUCUCUCUCUUUCCUGAUCAACCCCUUGGCAAUGUUCCCCAGUGGCCGAAUCCAACCAAAACCCAGAGGGCACGUCCUCCCACUAAUAUUGCCCAUCAGUCUCCUGUGGUUAUCCUGUGUGUACGAACUUUUCUGAAACUCUGAGACACAGGGGGUCCCCCCUGUGCAGUGACCACACCUAACAUGCUCUUCUGUUAUUUCUCUUCUCUUACUGUGGUACCCUAGUUUCUUUUCUGUCCCUGUGAUAAAAGACCCUGUCAUAAAGCAAUUUAGGGAAGGGUUUACUCACAGUUCCAUAUCACAAUUUAUAGCAGAAAAGUCAAGGCAUCAGGAACUUAAAAUGUUUGGUCACAUCACAUCCGCAGCCAGGUGCCAAGAGAAAUUAAUGCAUGCCUAUUUAAUGUUCAGCUAGCUUUCUCUACUCUUGUACAAUCAUGGAAUUGUGCCACUCACAUUCAGAGUGGGUCUUGCCACCUCAUUAACAUACUUAAUAAAAAUCCCUCAUAGGCCAAUUCCCCACUGAAAUUUUAUUUCAAGAUGAUUUUAAGUUCUGUAAAGAUGAUAAUUAUAAGUACUUAUCACAUGUAAAACCACACGUCUUUUUGUUUGGGAAAGUUUGUGGGUUUUGUGAGGCUUGGUGUUUGGGGAGUAUUUUUGUAGUGGUUUUUGUUUAAGACAGGGUCUCACUACGGUGGCUUUGGCUGGCCUGGAACUCACAGUGUAGAAUGGGCUUUCCUUGAACUCAUACAGCAGUCUGCCUAACUGCUGUAAUUUAAAAAGUAUGCCACCAAGCCUAGCUAUCAUUUGACAUUUUAGAUCUCAUAAUAAAUGAGGGAUCCUUUCAAAGUAUCAUUUUUUUAUUCCAAGCAUUAUUUAAUACAGAGCAUUUCUAAAUAAAUAUUUGAUUGUUUGAUGAAUAAACAGUGACUUCACUGACUGACAUUUUCAUUUGUCUUCAUCUAUCCUCAUUCUUCUGCCAACAUAAAUGCCUCCCCUCCGAUUUAACUAAGCUUUGUAAACAAGCAAGAACACACUACCAGUGGUCAGUUACUCUUUAAGUAAAGGGCAAUCCAUGAGGCAAUUAGAAGAACUGUAACUGCUUGGUCACCGUGAGACAGGUAUACUGUUUAGGAUGACUAGCCAGGAGGAAUCUGAACUAACUGGAACUAGUGAGAAUAAGACCUGGAUUUCCAUCAAGAGCUCUGAGGCCUUGGCCAAAUGACUCAGCCUCAGGGUCCUCAUCCAGAAAAUGGUGGUACUGACAACGGGCCCUUGUCUGAGACAUGCAGAGUGUGUGAGUCACAGUAAAUUAACUGCUGAUUGUUGCAAAAUUCUUUUCUAUUCUCUGAAUUAAAAGAUUAGAAAACUA